CUCGCUAAGACUUGACCACUCGAAAGUCUCUGAACGUCUCCCCCGUCCACACGCCGACCGCACUCGAGUUCUCCCUCUCACACCAUGGCGUCUACGGAGGAACCCGUUACCCCGAUUGCUCCGCCUGAGGUGGAGCCGGAGAUUGCGACUCCCGCUACUCCUGUGGAAUCGUCCAUCAUGUCCGGAGGCGAAGACCCCAUAACUAGCCCGGAUGCUUCCAAGGACAAGGAGAAUGCCAAAACCUCACCGGUCAAGAAGAGCCCAACUUCAACCACGGCUACUCGGCGUCCAUUGUCGGGGACCACCACCACAAAGCGGCCCACUUCCAUGUCCGGUCCUCCUAAAACGACUUCAACCACACGCACCUCCGCGACCAACGGCAGCACCCUGAACAAGCCCCCCACCAGACCUGCCACCACGACUACUGUGCGCAAGCCUCUGGGGACUACAACAACCACCGCCACUCACCGAUCCCGCGCCUCGGUCAGCAGCUCCGCAGAUGAGAAAUCCCACCGGUCUGUGGCCAGCUCCGGCGACGAGAAGCGUGGCAUCUCCGGCACAGCAGCCAAGAGGAUGUCGCUGGUCGGUACUCCUGCUACCAGAGCCCCGGUGAAGCCCACCACUUCCGCUCUAGACCGGCGCUCCAGCAUCGCUGGCUCGACUACGGCGGAGAAGAGGACCUCCACCUCUCGGCCCAGCACCGCCUCCACGGUGAGGCCGCUGACCAAGCCAACCACCAGUACCUCGACUUCACGUCCGACCACCUCCUCUUCCGCCACCGCGCGUACAACUACCAGGCCUACUUCUACGGUCACCCGGCCGGCAUCAACCAUCUCCAAAAGGUUGAGCACCGUCCCCAAGGGUGCCGAAGAAGACUCGGAGAAGCUGCAGUCACUCCAGAACAAGCUUUCGGAAAGUGAGGCCACCGUGGCCAAGCUGAAGGAAGAUUUGGACACCGUCAAUCUCAAAUUGACCGAGUUGUCUCUGGCCCCCAACGAUAGUUCUCAGGACGUGGAUGAGGCUACCAAGUCCCUCCGGGAGCAGCACACGGCCGAGAUUGAACAGCUGACAGCCAGUCAUGAGGAGCAGUUGCAGGAGUUGCGUAUCCAGCUCGAGGAUGCCAAGGUGAAGCAUAAGGAGCUGGAGGAAAAGACCCUUAGGGAGUUGGACGAGGCCGCCAAGUCGGCUGCAGCCCAGGGAGAUGACCAGUCAGCUGCAGCCCUGGAAGAGUUGAAGCUGUCGCACCAAGCCCAACUGGAAGCGCUCGAGAACGACCUGGCGGAGCAGAAGGCGGCGGUUGCUGGAUAUGCUGAGCAAAUUGACUCCUUGAAGGCAGAGCUUGAGCUGCAGAAAAGCCAGCUUACCGAGGCAACCACGAACCUGGAGAAGACGGUUACCAAGCUGGAAGAUCUUCAGCGAGAGCUGAACGGCAGGGACCAGGUGGUAGAAAAUCUGCACAUGGAAAUGGAUCGGUUGAACCAAUCAAAGCAGCAGGAAACCCGGGCCGCAGAGGAGGCCGCGAAGCAUGCCAUUCUGGCCCUGGAGGAGAAGGUAGCAUCGCUGGAAGCCCAACUCGCCGACGCCGGUUCUGCCACCAACCAGAGCAGCGAGGAGACGACCGCACGCCUGGCCGAGAAAGACACGGAAAUCACCACGCUCAAGGAAGCGUUGGAAAAGGCACAGGCUGAACUUGAGCAGGCUCGCGAGGUCGCAGAGCACGAGCUCGGAGAGAAGAUCAAGGAACUCGAGGCUGCACAUGAGGUUGCGAUUGCCCAGCUUCAGACCAACCACGAAGCAGCUCUUGCUCUGGCAGCUGAGAACGAGCUUGGUGGGAAGAUCAAAGAACUCGAGGCAGCGCAUGAGGAGGUUAUUGCUAAGCUGAAGGCCGAACAUGAAGAAGCGCUUUCUUUAGCUGGAGAAGACAAGCUUAGUGAGAAGGUCAAAGAGCUUGAGACUGCACACGAGGAGGCUAUUGCCAAGCUGAAAGCUGAGCAUGAAGAGAUACUUUCUUCAGCUGGAGAAGAUAAGCUCAGCGAGAAGGUCAAAGAGCUCGAAGCCGCACAUGAGGCUGUGGUUGCUCAACUAAGAGCUGACCAUGAACAAGCACUCUCUUCGGCUGCCGAGCAGGGUCUUGGGGAGAAGGUCAAGGAGCUUGAAGCAUCUCAUGAGACUACAAUCGCUCAGCUGAAGGCCGAGCAUGAAGAGACAAUCUCCGCCACAAUCGCCCAGCUCAAGACUGAACAUGAAGAGGCAUUGGCUUCAGCUGUUGAAGGCAGGGUUGGCGAAAAGGUGAAGGAGCUGGAAGCAGCACAUGAGGCUACUAUUGCUAAGGUCAAGGCCGAGCAUGAAGAGACAGUCUCCGCCACAAUCGCUCAGCUCAAGGUUGAGCAUGAGCAAGCGCUUUCUUCCGCUGCUGACCACGCCCUGGGAGAGAAGAUUAAGGAGCUUGAAGCAACACACGAGUCUGUCAUUGCCAAGCUCAAAUCGGAGCAUGAAGAAGCACUCUCUUCAGCUGGAGAGGACAAACUCGGCGAAAAGAUCAAGGAGCUGGAGGCUGCACACGAUGCGGCGAUCUCUCAACUGAAGGCGGCACACGAGGGAGCGCUGGCUGCCACAGCGGCAACUCACGCGCAGGAGCUUGCCGCUGCCAAGGCGGCCGCCGAGUCGGCUGGCACCAGUCACUCCCAGGAGCUUGAGGAGCUCCGUGCGAAGCUGGAGUCGGCUGAAGCUGCUGCCGAAGAGGACAGGGAGGAGUUGAUCGCGGAGCUCGACGCUGCUCAUCAAGCGGAGCUGCAUGCGCUCCAGCAGAGGUUGGAGGCCACGGAACAGAAUCUGACCGAGGCCCGACAGUCUCUGGAAGAAGGCAACAAUUCCGCUCAGGAUCACGCGAUCCAAGAGAUCGAGUCACUCAAGGAAAAGGUCGGUGCCCUGGAAUCCCAGCUCUCGACAGGACAGGGAGAGAUCAAGUCUCUCCAGGAUGAGAUCCAGAGCAAGCAAGGACAGGCCGAGGCGCUACAGCAGAGCCUCGACGCCUUCGAGGACAAGACCAAGGCCAAGGACACUGAGCAGGAGAACCAACUCAAGUCUCUGGAACAGAAGGCGGCCGUUGCCGGCAAGGAGCUCGAGGACAAGGUCAAAGAAGCCGCCGCAGUUGCCGAGCAGCACGCACAGGCCCUUGAAUCCCUCAAGGCCGAGCACGCCGUGCAGCUUGAGCAAGUCAAGACCAGUGCGACUGGCUCGCACGAGCAGGCGCUCAGCGAACUUCAGGCCAAGUACGGCGACCUCUCAUCCCAGCACAGCGAGCAGAUUGAGUCUCUUGAGGCCGAGCUCCGUGCCACCCUCCAGCGCCAUGCCGAGGAGAUUGCGCAGCAUACCGAGACCCGUGCCAAGGAAAUUGCCGAACUGCAGCAGCAGCACGAGGAGACUCAAGCUCGGUUCCAGGCGGAGUUGCAGGCCAGCCAAACGUCCCGAUCCGCCGAGACGGAUGCUGAGCACAGCAAUGCCAUUGAACAGCUUCUCACCAUCCAAGAAGAGAAACUUUCCAACCUGCGGGCCGACCUUGAGUCUACCAACCAGGCGAAGAUCGAGGAGCUCCAGAAGACCCAUGAUGCAGCCCUCGCCGAGGUGCACGCGCAGCUGGCUGAGGCCCACGCCGCCGCCCAGGACGUCUCUAUCCUUGAGAGUCUGAAGCUGACCAUUGCCGAUCUCGAGAAGAAACUGAACGAAGCGGAGCACUCUGCCGCCGAGUCCAAGGAGCUCGCAGGCAAACACAACGCCGAUCUCUCCACAAUCCUGACCGAGAAGAACGAGUUGGAGCAGCAACACCAGGCCGUGGCCAACCGGGUGGCGGAGCUCGAGAAGUCUCUCGCUGCUUCGGAGAGCGCCAAGUCCGAGUUGGAAGCCGUCCUGCAUCAGUUGGCCGCGUCCAAAGAUGAACUGUCGCAGUUGAAGAGCCAGCACGAGACGAUCACGGGCGAGCUGCAGGCGUGCAAGACGGUGAACCGGGCGAUGGAGGAGCGCCUCGAGCAGGGCGAGCGGGAUCUCAACAGCCAGAUUGACAAGAACAUGUCGCUCCUCAACCAGCUGGGCGAGGUGGACUCGUCGAUCGCAGCCAACCGCAAGCGAGUGCGGGAGCUGGAGGCCGAAGUGGCGGCGUUGAAGGCCGAGAAGGGCGGAUCGACGGGGCUGGAAGGCAGCCGCUGGGCCGAGAAGGAAGAGGCCGUGGAAGGUGAGGAUCUUGGCUCAUCCAUCCAGGGAACGAUGGCAAGCAUCCAGGAGCAGCUUAAGCACAUCCGGACGUCCAACGAUGACUGGUAUGACGAACACCGACGAAUCCUGGGCGAACUGGCCGAAAUGUCGCGCCGGGCAACGCCCAACCCGCCUAGUCAGUCGACGACGCCGCAGCCGGAGAGAUCGAGCAGCGGGUCGGACCAUGGCGCGGAUGACGGAUCCUCGUGACGGUUGGAUGUCCAGUUGUGAGGGCUUGAAAGAGUGGAUUUCCUUUGUUGAGUGACCCGGCGUGAAGGUUGCGCCGGGGCAUUUUUCCUUUGUGGUUGUAUCGGCCUAGGCUGUAUGUAAUAAGAUGCUCGGGAUACCCCU